GUACUCUUACAAGGAAUGGCCAAUACCAUGGCACUUGAACACCAGAUACAAAAAGAGGAGAUUCUUUUACUUGCCUCAUGUGAAUCACUUCAUCAGGCUCAGACUUGAAAAAUCUUUACUUAGAAGGGCGAGAAGGAAGAACCUCGAGAGGACGAGGAGGAAGGUCUUGGAAAGGAAGUUCCCUCACCUUGCUGAGAGGUCUCAGAGCCAGUAA